CAGGAAUUGAUCGCACUCUCAUCGACAUCUCGUCGGCAAUGUGCAGUGUGAUAGGAACUAACCUAGUUACCCAUAGAGUUAUUGUAAUUCUCUUUUUCGAAACAGAACUUUAACUACAUUUUCUUGCAGGCUUGCUACCUGAGAAUGAUGGUACCUGGAAUAAAAAGCCGCCGUGGAUGCGGCAAUUGUAAGAAACGGCGCAUAAAGUGCGAUGAAAGAACUCCUCAAUGCUAUCGGUGCGUUCGGAGUGGGUGGAAAUGCCCAGGCUAUCCACUGAAGAUGACUGUUAAAGAUCAAACCUCCUACAGCCCAAUUCAUGUUCAGUCUUCAGAUGUGGCACCCCGGGUCUCAACAGAGAUCACUACCAAGCAAUUUAAUUCACUCCAUGAAUACCAACACAUUCCUAACCAUCUAAGUUUCCCAGCGGAACAGCUUGCCGUUCAAUUUUUCUUUUCUAUUUUCCAUAGUCCGGACGAUGCACGGGUGCGUACAGCAUAUUUGGAUUUCUUCCCUUCUGCAUUUUUAAAGUCAAGUCCAAACUCUGUCAUCUAUCUUUCUACCUUAUCGGUUGCGUGCUCCGCUGUCGGUUCGCUAUGUGGCUCACCUAGGGAGAAGUGGCUUGGAGAUAUGUACUUUUACAGAGCCAUUUCGGCAGUGAGGAAGGCACUUGAAGAUGAAACAACAAGAGAGAAUGACGAAACACUUAUCGGCAUAUUACUGCUGAGGAUAUACGAAGUACUGCAAGCAGUUAAACAAGCGAAGCAGCCAGAAUCAAUACAUGCGCGCGGUGCGGCAGCUUUGGUUCAACUCCGUAGCCAGAGGAAUGCUAUAAAUAGGUUAUCUGUCGAUUUGACGAACACAGCUCGAGUUGAGCUUAUGGCAAUGUCCAUAUGGAAUGGGGAGCCAACGGUAAAUGUCGUAACCGAUAACUUGCUACUACCCUUUGAUCACCAUCCUUUGACGCUAUUGAUCUCCCUAGCGUCAAGGGCACUGGAUCUACAGAACCUUUUCAAAAGGCUUCGCCCUGCCACUGCGAAAAGGGAUGAUAUUCUCCGGCUCCUACAACAAGCACUCGUGGUCGACAACGAUAUCCAUAACUGGCUUAUUUCGCUAUCCGAAAUAUGUUUCCCAGGAAGGGUCAGCUCGUCUCCCAAUAGCGACGAACCGAUAUUCCUGGGCGAGGGCCACGAUGACCUCACGAAAAAGGAGUCCUUUGCCCACAUAUUAAACCGUUACCGCACAUCACGGCUCAUGGCACAAUACGUGAUUGCGGGCUGCAUAUCCCAACUCGACCAGCUGGAGCUAAGCGCACAACUUGAGUCAUCAAGAGCGACUAUUCAGGACCUCGCUGAUGGCAUCUGCGCUACGCUCAAGCUAUAUAAGUCGGAUGAUUACCAGACUUUCCACGAUUUCGGUGUAGCUCUUCAGUCGCCCGACCGUGUGCUUCGGUAUCGACUUAGGAUGGUGACGGAAACGUGGACCCUGUUGCCCUACCUUACCUUCGUUGUGAGUCAGGGGUUUAUCUUGCGCGAAGGGCAGGUUGAAUGGAUUCAAAACAAGAUAGAUCAGAUCUACUCUUUCUAUCAGGAGUGUGAGUCGACUCCGAUUACCUAGGGCACAUCCUCCUCGAGAAAGGCGAUUGGUAAGAAUCCGAAGGCUCAAAAUCGGAAUUUGGAUUGAGCAUGAACGUGAUUGUGCAUGCUCCGUGUUUCAAGCAUAGACUACUCCCCGUCAAAUCGAACACGAAAAUGUCAAUCACUCUAGGAUGCAAAACGGAGUGGCAUACAUUCCAGGGCCAAAUGGUUUGAGAGCAACUUGAUGGACAACUGCCAACAAGAUUCAUGCCGUAGUGGGAAAUACUUGGAUAGGAGUCAUAGCAACAUGACAUUUCGCUACAACAUGUUUUUUGGAAGAUAAGGCAGCCUGAAACAUGCCUUUUCACCUGUGGAUUUUUGUGAAAUGGUUUUACUAAUUGGACAGAACACUGGAAUGACAUAUCUCUUGUCCAUAAAAUAUACCACCUUCUGAGGUACUUCUUCGCCAAUAUGGCCCAGCUGAUAAGGCAGCUUCCCCAAACGCCGGAUCGGAAUGCCACUAACAUGACCCCCUUUCAGCCCCCUCAAACCUGAACUCCACCCCUAUUUCCCUGGUACAUUUCGAACCGUGCUUCACAAAUCAACCGAGCAAUGCUCGUUAUUACAUUCACUAUUAACGCGGCUAUUACUCCGAAUCAGCCACCUUCGACCUUCCACCCUCCUUCCCAUCCUCCACCCUCUCAUCAUGACCAGGCCGCGAGAAUACAGCGCCAAACAACGAAAGGACACUAUUAGUCCGGAGCACCAUGCAAUAGAACAGCGUCAGCGCCGUAACGACAAUCUCCUCCCUCACCGCGUCGCUGACGGCGCCAGGGAUAUUCGAUCCCAGAAAAGUGAUGGUCCCGAUCUUCUUGACCGCCCAGAUAUUUGCCGAAAACUUCGCCACGGGCAUCUGCUUCUCGUCGAGGCAGAUAUAAUCCCAGGUCUUGAGGCCGCAGGAGCCGGUCCAGGUCAAGCACGCGGGCUCAGCGCCGCCGUUGGUGGCGAAGGUGUGUGAGCGGUACAUGUAUUCUGUCUUGAAGCGCUUGAGUGCCUUGAGGGUGGUGGAGCGCCCGCGAAUCUCGCAUUCGGCAUCGAUGGAGAAAGUGUGGAGACUGCCUGUGGCAAAAGCCGUGUUGUCUGCGGCCGACUUGAAGGUGAGAUGCGGUUUGGUGACUUUGUGAUGGACGAUGUAGAUGGGGGAUGAUGCUUGCGGGUCGUCUUUGUUGGUGAUGAGGCUUUUGAAUCGUCGCCAGGAAAAGUCGACUUGCAGUGUGAGAUCUUCUGCUAUGUUCUGAUGGUGAUGUUGCAGGGGUUGGGGGGGUUCGGGGGAGGCUCCCCUAUUGUCAUCUUGGGAUGAUGGUUCGAGUGUUGACAUUUUAUUUUCCGAGUUUACUCGUGUCUGAUUUUGACCUUGCACCUCGCCCUUCACGGCUAGAGAGCUUCUUGAACGAACCAAGUCAAGCCGUAUAUAUGUUUUUUGUUUUUUGGAGGAAUUGUAAACGUUGUAGAUAACACGCAAUGUAUCAACCAAUUGAGGAAGGAUAGAUCUGAAUUAUUUUCGACACAGAAAUAAAUAUUUUACGGAGAACGAAGAGUCUUUUAUAACCCAUUAUUGAUCCUAAAAGUAUUUACUAUGUAAUGUACUGGGAAGAGGGGAUUGAUUCUUUUUCUCUCGUAUCCGCCCCUUCAAAUACGCGCAUAUGUUGUGGAACAUCACGUUCGCCUUGCGGAACACAAGGCAAGGCGUCUUUUGAGAAAAUGCCUACCCUACCAUACAUAACCAGAACCAGCGAAAUCUGUCUCGAAUAAAAAGUCAAAAGAAUAGUUAAUAAGAAUGGAAAAGAAUGAGUCAUCCAGUGC